UUGUAGACGAAUUUUUUUUUUUUUUUUUUUUUGCGUUUCUUUACAUUUUGUAAUAAAAAGAGAAGUAAAUAACUGCCUUCUUCCCCGUUUUCAAUAAUAUCCGUCGUUGCUUAGUACAAAAUAACCGCCAAAAUAGCUCCAAAAUAUUUUUAUACGCACCGAAUGCAUUUGACCAGCGGUACUGCUAACACAGCAGUUUAUCCGAUAUCUACUUCAUCUUCAUCGUCGGGUCUAAAUCAUAUAAGUGUUGUUAGCGAUCUUACCAGUGUUAGCGGUGUCGGUCUUGGCGGUGUUGGCGGUAUUGGCGUUGGUGUUGGUAGUGGUGGUGGUGUUGGUGGUGGUGGUGUUGUUGUAAGUGGUGGCGGUAACAUAUUAACAGCAAAUGGUGCUGCCACCAUGGUAACGUCAUCAGUGUCGCCUUUAAAUUCGCACAACGAAUCGUGGAGUUUAACAAAUCCCUCUUAUAAGGCUGAGAUUAGUAUGUGUGAAGCGAUACCAGCCAGUAGCGCGGCCAGUAUUGGCAGUAAUUCACCCAAUGGUGGCGCCAGCAAUGGUACCGCCAAUAGUAGCAAUAGCAAUAAUAAUAACAAUAACAAUAAUAAUUCGAAUAACAUUAAUAACAACACUAGCAGCAGCACAAGCAACAACAACAAUAAUAAUAAUAAUAAUAACAAUGUUGUACAUCAGGAUUUAGCCUGGACUGAGCGUUUAGUGUUUGAAGCACAUCAACAAUUUCCUAAUGAAUUGGUUCGCACAAGUAAUCCGUAUUUUCUGUGCUCCGCUCUGCCCUCCCAUUGGCGUUCGAAUAAGACAUUGCCAUUGGCUUUUAAAGUUGUGGCAUUGGUGGAUGUGGGCGAUGGUACUAAGGUGACCAUCAGAGCCGGUAACGAUGAGAAUUAUUGCGCGGAAUUACGCAAUGCUACAGCAGUCAUGAAAGAUCAAGUGGCCAAAUUUAAUGAUCUGAGAUUUGUUGGUCGCAGCGGUCGAGGCAAGAGUUUUACGUUAACCAUUACGGUGGAAACGUUUCCACCACAGGUGGCUACUUAUGCUAAAGCUAUUAAAGUUACCGUCGAUGGACCACGAGAGCCGCGUUCUAAAACAAGUCCACCGGGUGGUCAUCAAUUUCGUGCUUUUGGAUUAGCUCAACGUCCAUACCCGGACGCAACAUUUUCCAGUCAUUUUCGGGAAUUGGGAUCUUUGCAUCGUGUUUCUCGUUCAUCGGCCGUCACAGCCAAUGUAACCGUUGCGCCAACAUCAUCGACUGGUCCUAACUUACCACAAUUAGCAAGCAAUCAUUCAUCAUCUAGCAGUACAAUCAAUUCCGAUUGCCAGGGUUAUAAACCUAAUGCAACGCACAUACAAGACAACAAUCUAAUGGGUGCCGCUGAAUGGACAGGUUAUACGUCAAGCGUAAAUACCGCAGCUUCAGCCGCUUAUAGCAGUUAUCAUCAUACGCAUCAUGCUCAUCAUUUGCCACCGCCACCGCCACCGCCGGCCGCAACAGCCGCCACAUCAAAUGCUAGCUAUAGCGGUUACGAGUCGUUGCCUACAGCCGAUCCUGCCAAUUUACAUUUAUCAUCAGUUCUAACGGAUAUGCAAACAUUUUGUGCUUCAAGUGACUAUCAUCCUGGUGCUAUAGUGCCACACGUUCAGGCCCCAAUUUGUAGUCCCAGCUAUAGUGCAAAUAAAACUGAAUUGGACUCAUUCAACGCGAGCUAUCCGUCCUACAAUAAUUGGUCAAACGGUUAUAAUAAUUAUCAAUACGGAAGUUGUACACCACAAGCUCAAUAUUCUACGCAUACCGCGCCAACAAUGGUUUUAUAUCCACAAUUGUAUUCGACAUUUAAUCAAAAUGAAAUUCAUUUACAUUUGCACGGUGCCGAUAAGAUCGAGCAAUAUCUGGGCGGCGAUAAUGCUUUAACUAUUAGCUCAUUAGCCGGUAAUCGUUCCAGUAUUGAAAUUGGUAUCGGGACUUCCGAUCAUGAAGAUCAAUCGAGCGUAACGGCCUUACAAAAUCAAAGUACAAGCACGAUGUUGGGCAAUAACGAUAACUCUGCCGAUCAGCAACAUCAUAAUCAUAAUCAUCAUCAUCAUCAUCAUCAUCAUUCGCAUCAUCAUCACCAGCAGCAUUCAUCCCAUUUGGGAGUAACGGAUGGAACAACUCUGGAAUCGAAUCCAACCCAGCAUGAUAGUAGGCAACCAUCAACGCAUAUAACAGAACAAAAUACAGAUGUCGUUAAUACUGUGGUAGGAACAACAGAGUCACACACGCACACAACAAGAGAAGGCGAAGAAGUUUGGAGACCAUAUGUACCUAGUUCAUGGUCUCAGUGACAAAGUACCAAAACCUUUGUACAUAUCGAACUGAAUUAGUUAUUAAUGAUGAAUAAAAACAAAAACAAAAACAAAAAACUUAAUAUUCAAUGAGAUCUAUAUGUUAAUAAAUAAUAUCGA